UAUCGAUUACUUGUGACUUGAAGAUGGCGGCUGCUGCUUCGAAAUCUCGAGUUGUCUUAUUGAGUUGCGGCUCUUUUAAUCCUAUCACUUUCCUACACCUGAGGAUGUUUGAAAUUGCUCGUGAUGCUCUGCUCAAAACGGGUAUUUAUACAGUGGUACAAGGAAUAUUUUCUCCGGUGAAUGAUGGAUACAAGAAAAAGGACCUAAUUGAAUCUGAACACAGAAUACAAAUGUGUAGACUUGGAGUUCAAACAUCUGAUUGGAUAAGUGUGGAUGACUGGGAGAGUAAGCAGGCUGGUUGGACACAGACAGCCAAAGUUUUGAAACAUUUUGCUGAAGAUGUUGUAACUAAAUUCCCAGGGUCCAGUCCCCCUACAGUGAAGUUACUUUGUGGAGCUGAUCUGUUGGAAUCAUUUGCUGUACCCAAUCUUUGGGCAGAUGAAGAUGUAAGUAGUAGAACUCCACAGUAAGUAUUUGAUCAAAGAUUGAGCUUCUGGAAUUAUAUCUUUUAAAUUAGUAUAAAGCCUUGUGAAGAAAAUAUGGCUUGAACUUGAACUGAAAUUUAGGCAACCAUAGUGCAAAUUUUUCAUAAUAAGCUGAAUACAAUUUGAAAAUUAUAGCAUUGUUAUUGAAACAAACUUUUCAGAGAUAAGACUGUUUUUACAAUGUUGAACUCAACCAUUUAAUCUGUUGAUUCAGAGGC